CACCGCUUACCUACCAGUCCAGCCUGACGUGCCGGAAUAUCCUACAAGAUGUCUACAUGAAUGUACUCCACAUACGCGUGAACAUCGAAACACGUCUCCGGCCGCGUGAAGGCUGGGGAUUUCCGCCGCACUCAUGAUAUCAAUACCGCUGUAUAACGUACUACGGCAGGCAUUGUAUAAAAUACCAAUUGAGUACUUGUACGAUGGGCUUGGAAUAUCUCGCUAUGUAUUGCACUCGUACGAUAGACUCGGAACAGGCCUCCCGCUCUGUAUGGCACUCGCAGAGUUCCGCUUUCCUUGAGUUACCUAUAUCGUGUAUCACCGUUGAAUGCAGCCAUCUCACUCGGGCCAAAACCGCCAACACCUUGCCCAUCUCUCGCAUUCCCUCGCUCCCUGCCUCCCUUUCUCCCUGCCUCCCUUUCUCCCUGCCUCCCUUUCUCCCUCCCUCUUCCACCGUACCGCAACCUCUAACAACGAACACUCUCCAACAACAACACAACGACAAGUCAUGUGCUUCGGCCGCAAACCUUCCCCCGCCUCGGCCGACCCGGCUUCUCCUGCCGCCGCCGUCCCUGCCGCUACCCCCGCCGGCAACGUCGUCCAGCCGGAAACUAAGAAGAAGAAGAAGGGCUUCGGUCUGUGGCCGGACUUCUCGGGCUCAGGUGAUGGUGGUGGUGGAGGCGGUAGUGGUGGUGGUGGUGAUGGUGGUGGUGGCGGCGGCGGCGGUGGUGGUGGAGGGAAUGGAGGCGGCGGAGGCGGAGGAAAUGGCGGCGGAGGUUAAUUGACGAAGGAAGCAACUGUUCAGCUGAGAAGCGG